AUGGACGCUCUCCAGCAACAGUCGACGGCGCGACCCUUGGUCCGUACGCCGCAAAGCCAAGCGGCGCCCGGCAGGACCUCGCCGGCACUGCUUGGUGGCGGCACCGUGCCGCCCGUGACCUCGUUUCUGAGAAGCCUACGUCUGCUGGACCUUGAUCUGCUGCCGGAUUGGCCUGGCAUAUCCGUCGACACGUUUGCUGCCACAGCCGCGAACACAGGCGUGCAGGCUCAGAAGAGGCGCAUACGCUGCGUAGAAUGGGCCCUCUUUCGCCUCUUUACCUUGUGGGAUCCCGAAAUGGCGGCAGGUAAACUCAAGCCCUUCUUCCCACCUCUCAACCAGAUCCAGUCACUCAGCCUCCGCGCCGCCCUCCUACGCGCCCUCGAGCAGGCAAAGAAGAUGGGCGUCCUCGGUCGCGACGCCGUCAUCCGCAAGACGAUGCUCGACGAGUGCAAGGGCGAGAGGCUCGAGGAGGUCCUCGCAAACUUUUCCAUGGCCAUUCUAAGGAAGAUGACGGCCGCUCACAUUGAAUCAGGGAAUACCUGCCCUUCUGUGGCCGUUGGGCUGGCACUUGAGAACAAGGGGCUUGCUGUGGAUGACGCGCAGCUAUCCUUGUUGACGAUGGCGCACAAGGCUGACCUGCGCCGGUUCAUUGCCCGAAAGGAGGUGGCGAGGGCAAGAUAUUGUCAUUUUGCUGAGUUUCUGGCCGCCAAGGAACAUGAUCUGGCGCGACGAGAUGAAGAAAUAUGUGCGAAAGAGAAGGACGGCGUGGAAAAGUACCCUGGCCACCACGGGGAUGACAUGCGGCAGACGGUUAGGAACAACUGGCACGGCGACGAGAGAUGGAUGAACACACUUUUGCUUGGGCACUCGGGUCUAAGCGUCGGCGGAAUUCAAGACGCAUCCUUUGGCAGCAUCUGGCAACGAGUCCAGCAGGGAGAACUGGAUGAGCUCGACGACGACAACGGCAGCCUCCUGAAACAACUCGACGACAGGGUAAGGCUGCAGAAGGAGCGGCUUGCGAGAUGGGACACUUUUCGCCGCAAGAUGCACCAAAACCGAGCCCAGAUAUCACCGCCAAUCUGCACAUCUCCGGAACGGAAGGGGUCCGUGUGCAUCGGCAUCAAAUUUGAUGCGCACCAGCACCUCCAGAUCCAAAGUCCUACUCUCCCACGCUCAACAGUCCCCGGUAUGCAAAUGAUUACUGUGGCAGACGAAUAUAAGCAGCUCAUGGAUGAGCUGACGAAAGAGUUGGCGGAGAUACGUUGUCGCAAGCCACACACAAUGGCGUUUCUGGAAAGCCGUCCGACGUGGUCUAUUGAUAGGAUCAAGAACAAGUCUAAUUCCGAGUCUGAGAUCCUUGACCCAGAAGACAAACCGGAGGGGUUUUCGAAGAAGCUAACGUCACGAACAACAACCUCGAGCCGCCCAGUCAUAGACCAUCUGCCACACCCAGGCGAAGCUCAGACCGAGCAUGAAUUCUAUCCUUCGACAGACGCAACCUCACAUCGCAUUGCUCAAGUCAAAGGCGAGAGUGAGUCAGAGAUGGUCGAUGCGUCGCACCACCAAAAUCUUUGGGACGCUUGCUCGCCACCGAGUCCGUCUCCUGCUCCGCAGACAAGUCUCCCAUGGGAUCCAAUAGAGGUCCAGGGCACUCGAAUGCAAGCGCAGAAACCGGCCGACAGGAUGCGCAAGUCGAUGGACAGCGCCCCCUCUUCUCCAACCGAGUCCUUAAAGCCACUGCAAUCUCUCUCACUCGCUCAGCGGACACGUCUCUCCAUGGCUAAAAUCAGCUCCACUUUUGAAGACACGGGGGAGCUUGAGCAGCCGCCAGCAUCCAACCCGACUUUCGGCAGGACUGAUGCUCUCAAUUUCUCUGCCAAGAAACCAUCGUCUGCGGUUGAUGAUGGCGUCGAGCCAGGGGACGAUCUUAUUGCGCGCACUCGUCGCAGCAUGGUGGGCAUCGAAAAGGCCAAACAAAAGGCUCAGCUUGAGAGGCAUAGAUCGCUACAGAAGUCCAAGGUAUCGUCUCGCAGGGAGGGAAAUUGCUUUCCUGUGGUGCACGAGGAUUCAAAGGACGUAACCAUGUUGACGGAACAGAUGCUGAGGGAGGAGGAUAUGGAGUCGGUGUUUCGGUCGAGGCCCAGAGUGAAGACGAGCCCGCCAGCCAGCCCGACGAAGUGGUGA